AUUACACUUUUAAAAGAUUCUGGCCACACCCUACCAAAUUAAUUAUUUUUUUUAAUGACCCCCUGUGGAUUUUAACCCACACCUUUGAAACACUGUCUUUUUGAGGGCAUAGAAUGGAAGCAUCCUGUCCAGGAAAGGACCAAAACCUUACUGUGACUGGAGUGGUUUUAACCAAAAUCACUUUGGCAUCUGUGAUUUUAAUCUUUUCCUGCAGGUCUGCAAUCUUCCUCAGGUCUCUCACAUGUCCCUGCAUUGAAAUACGGGGACAGGGCACCAUGUGGCUGAAUUCGGCUUCUGGGCUUAGUCCCAGUUCUGCUGCCAGUGUACCUAUGGGUGUCCUUUCCUGUCUCUAGACUCUGGGAGCAUGCACACCCCCUGCGUAGUCUUCCAGACAUGUAUUCCUGAAUACAGAGCAGUAUCUGAAUAACCCAUGGGGUCUGGCAGGUGGCCUGGGAGUGGGUGGAGUUGCCAGGCCAGUUUGUGGGGCCUGUGUAACCUCACAGUUCCUAACAGUUUCAGACUUUGGCUCCCAUUAGAACAGAAAGACAACAAGCCCUCCCUUCCCCUUGACACUUCAUAGAAAUCCCUUGAGGCCAAAAAGCUACAUUCUGUACCCUAGGGGAAGACUUGCAUCCAUUAGGCUUAGACAUGUAUUCACCAGAAGCAAGUUGGGCAGAUAGCUCGUGUGCUCCUUCAUGGCCUCCCUGGCCCAUGGCAGAUGUUGCUUGUGAUGAGUUCUGGCAUCCUCCCCGCCAAGCCUUUCUGGUAGCCUGGCCCUUGUUGCAACUGACUACGUUGAGAAGCAAGUGAAAGCUACUUGCCAUAUCUGACAAGUUUGGUACACCGAGCUCCAGAAGAGCCUGUGGCCCAGGGAAAGAGGGCCUAAGCAUUGAGAGAGACUGCCCACCACUAUCCAGGUGUGCAACAGCGGCAGGUCAUUUAACCAUGAACCUCCAGUGGCCCCACUUGUCAGACAGGUGGAUGUGAGGGUUACAUAAAGUUGUAGAUGUUAGGCCGUCCAUGGCGAGUGCUCAGCAAGGGCACCACCUUCAGGGGACUGGGUCUGCCUGCGUACCUGCCUGCCUCCUUGUUCCUCCUCAGGAGUUAGUGGCUGUGCCCCAUACCCACCCUGCCACCUCACGAGCAACUCUCCAAUCCAUUCUUGGCUCCCCUUGUGUUCAGGAACCUCAAACCCACUGAUGCCUCUCCAGUCUAGCAGAAGGGCUUUGACCACUUAAUUGAACAAGGGUUGUCUCUCCUUUAAUAUCUUAGGCAUGUGAAAGAAAAAGGGCAUGUGUUUGGAUUUUUUUUUAAAGUUAGGAAUCGUUUUUAAAUAAUUCUGCGAUAGGAAGAUCAUCAGCUGAAUUCUCUUAGCACCAUUAGGGACAGUCAAGCUUUCCAAGUUUUUCAUACAGUGUACUUAUGGUGUUUCUGGUGCUGAACCUUAGCAACUGUGAUUCACUUCUGCCAAAAUCUACCCCAUGGCCUGGGAGGCCCCAGGGUCUCACUUGUUUCUGGCAGAUGGGCUGUCUCAGGCCUUUGGCCCCUCUUGCUCUGGCAGUGAUGUCUCACUGCUGUGCCUUUCAGGUCACAGUGCUGCUGUUCGAGUCUGGUCAGCCUACUCCUGCCAUGCCACUGUGGCCCUGGAAACAAAAUGACAGAGGUUUUUACGGUUUACAGGCGCACAACAGUGCUCUCUUUGUUGCAGAGGGUGCCCAGCAGUGGGCCAGUAACAAAGGUAUUCGGUGGGUUUUACAUGGCCUUUGGCAUCCUCGGGUGGCCGGCAUCAUGAAGUGGUGGACUGGGCUUCUAAAAAAUCAAUUCGACGCCCUCACUCUACCUCCUGGUCCACACACUAGUGAAGCGGCGUGGCCGCUGAAUGUGGCUGUCCCUGGAAAGGGUUUAUCUCUAGACCAUCUCCCGGGUAAAGAUCAGGUCAAAGGGGUUGGGAGUUAUAGAGCCUUUUGAAAAUUUGGGAUUUCUACCUUCUUGGUUUCUGCAUAUGCUGCAUCUUCUUUUCCCCUAACAUCAAGCCCUGGCCCACCAGAAGGGGGCUUCAGGGAUUGAAGUUAAUUCUGGUUCAGCUCAGAAUGUUUCUUGGACUGACUGGUCCUAGGUCAUGAAAAUGACCAUUUGGUCAUCAAGUGCCUGCUUGCUAGGCUCUGUACAGUAGCCCACAUGAUCUCUGUAAAUUUAUAAAAACUCCUGUUCUAUUCACAUCUGACUCUUAAACAGAAGGUCUGCAUGUGAGUAGAUGAUAGAAGUGAAACUGCUUACUGGAUAGGAUACACACUGGUUUCAUGUCCUUGAAGGGAGAGCAGCAACCCGCACCUGGGGAGGGAAUGCCUUAGAUCCCAGGAUGCAGGGGUGCAGAAAUGCUUGCUUUGUCCUCUGAGUCUUACUGCACCCUGACAAAUGCCUGGUCCACACAAAUCCUACAGCAUCUGCAGCCAGCAGUGUGACCCGUAGACAGGCCCGUCCUGAACCAUUUUGCCAUGUCUGAUGUCGUCAGUGGCAGCUCCUGAAUGUGGGUACCACCCCUAGAUGCUUACAAAUGCUAGAACCAGCACAGCCUUGUUCUACUUUGGCUGACAAAAUCUCACACUUCUGAUGCCCAAGCUGCCUUGGGCUGUGCCAUGUAUGGGACUGAGGGUGCAGCUACUCAUUGGCAUGCCCAUGUGCCUUAACCAAGUCAAGGUAGUGGUGUUCCAAGUCAAGUUUAACAAACCCUGGAGCGCCCUAUGCCCCAGUACUCCAUGUGUUUGCAUGUGGGAAAGAAUGAACCACAGUGUCUGCAUUCAGCAUGGAGGCUACUUUUGGGUCUUGUAAUUAUUGAUUAUGACUCCAAGAUAAGUAGGUCAGUCUGAACUCCCUUGUGCAGGUCCUAAUAGAUGAUAGACUUAGCUUUAGAUUACAUCCUGGCUCUGAAAUAAGCCCUGCUCGUUCAUAGCUGGUCCCUGGAGUCAGACUCUGGACGGCAGGUUGGCCUCUUAUCAACAGGACUUAACUACUUACUCAGACUCCUGUUAGUAGCCUUAAUGAGUAUGAGGCAAACAAUUAAUUCGGUCCCAGCCUGUUAGAUGAAUCAGUGGUUGACAGAACAGCAUACUCAAGAAAGAUCACCAGAAGCCAGGAGGGGUGGCUUGUUACAGAGACAGUCUUCCAUGAGGGUCUCAUCUUACUAUAAGUCUUGCUGGGUGUGCCAAGAAUGCUUGACUGACAGCUGUUUACCUAGACCAUUUCUCAGGAUUGGGUUUGCAGUAAGCACCUGGAGGGAUGAGGUGAUGGCUUCCUCCAGGACGGAGCAGGCUUGCCUACUGCUCGCUGAAAAGUGGCAGGUUCCCUGAGCUCACGUCUGGCUCGUCAUGCAAAGCACUGCGUGUGCGGGAUGCAUCUGCAUCAUGGGACGAGGGAAACCCAGCACACAUGCUAAUGCUGCCUGCUGUAAUAAAACCUCAUGACUGACCCAGGAGUCACAAGGCUUCUGCUAGCUUUUGAAACAGUAAAAGGCUUAACUUACUAGCUCAUAGAGUUGAAAUCAAAUCCCAGAUACAACAGUCAGCUGGGUGGAGGCCAAUCUUGGUUUUCCCUAGCUGGGCAAGUCAGCCCCUUGGCACCUCCCUAAGGAUGGCCUGUCAAGAUUUGCUGCUAGUAUCCCAGAACAUCCAGGGCACUUUUGUCCUGUGGGGAGGGAACUGAGUUCCUGCAUACUGUGUGCUUAAGGUCAUCUGCUGAGAUGUGGUUAAAUUCAAAGAAAACAUUCCCGGACAGGGAUUAUAAUGUUUAUAGGACUGGGGCAUUCUGUUCCUGUAACUUAAGGGACAAAACCGGCCUUGCACCAAUUGCUUUUUUAAUGAGUGUGUAGGAGCAUGGCACCCCGUGGGAGGAUUCUCUCUUGAGCAAUCCAUGCCUUCCUAUCCCAUCUUGGCUUCUCUUGACACUAAAGUUGAUCUGCAGAAAUCUUGUCCUAAAUUUUAAGUAAAACCUUUAGGGUUGGCAUGCCCCUGUGAGGAAUGUGGGCGGGUAGGAUGUUAGGGAAAGGGUAAGCUGAUGUAGUAGGGAAAACCGUCAGUAUUGCAGGCCAGUUGGGAACCCAAGUCCCUAUUUCUACAGAGGGGAAGGCCUUGCCUAUUCCCUUAGGACCAAGUCACUUUAGGCAGAAAUGAGACAGGCAGGGGGAGGGAGGGCAGAGCCAUUAGAUGCCAGAGGUAGGCAGGGCCUGGAGAGCACAGACCUAAGCUACUGUCUGCCCGUCCUGUUAGCCAUGGUAGAUGAGAACUGAAUGGCAGGGAGCUAGUAUUUCCCAAGAGCAGAGGGAAUGGACAUGCACUUCUCUUAGGACCUCACACCUAUGUUUUUCAUUCAACCGUUUGUGUCUACCUUCCCAGUUUUAAUCUGGCCUCUAUUUGUAAACCUGAGUUAGGCAGAGAAGGGAAAUAAGGGACACUCACUGCCACCAAUAAGGAGUUGUGAUAUAGACAGGCUUCGAUGUCCAUUUGCCCCUUCCUUUCAAUCAUGUAAGUCCCAGGUUAAGGCCAGGUACAUGGCCACCCAGCUAGGAACUAUAUUUUCCAAACUCCCCUGCAGGUAGACCAUGGGUCUAAAUCCUGCCGAAAGGAUGUGUGCUGCUUCCAGGUGGGAUCCUUAAAAGGAAAUGGUGUGCCCUCCACUGCCCUUUUCCCAAAAACCAGUGGUGGCGGCCAGCCUCCCCAACAUUCAAAGGCAUCACCCUGGAGGGCUGCAGAGCAACCAGACAAGGAGCCUGGGUCUCUGGAUGAUCCGGUGGAGCACACCCACCUGCCUGCUCUGGAUCCACCAGCUCAGGUGUCCAUGGAAGAGGAAAGAGGUUACUUUGUAAGCCUCUUCAGGGUCUCUGAAAGCUGCAGCAUCCUAACUUGAAUGGGAGUGAACAGAGGGCAGUCUGGGGGCCCAGGCCAUGGUCCUGGACCCGCUCACCCUCCUCAGCACAGUAGGAAAAAGAACAUCUUGGGUCUGGAAGGCCACACCUUGGGUCUGCAGCUCCACUACCUGCUAGCCCAGUGCCCUUGGGCAUGAAACUACCUUUUGGAGGCUCAGCUGCCUCAUACAUGGCCUGGGGAUCCUCCUGCUGGUUUCAUGAGCAGUCAGUAAUAAUGCAAACUAACACUUAAGGAGCAUCUAUUUACCUUGCACAGGCUGACUCCAUGCAAAACUGUUUACCUUGUCGAGUAAGUUUCCAUUUUACAGAGGAGGAAACGGGCCCAGACUGUUGACUUAUUUAUCUAUAGAGCAGUAAGGGGUAGAAUGAGGAUUCACCUAUAGGCAGACACCUCCAGAGCCCAAACUUGUAGACAGUCUGCUUGCCCUAACCUGCCGUUAGCACAGUGCCUGGUAUCAGGUAACCUCACUAUUUCACCCAACAAUGGCAGACACCAAGUUCUGAGUCACUGUCCUGGGUGCUGAGCAGAGCAGUGUCCCCACUGGCAUUUACAGCAGGAGAGAGACACACUUUCUCUCACAGCUUGCAUCUAGUUGGUGGGCAAAGCCAUGAUCAUCGCUCAUCACCUCUUAGUUGGAGUAAAGGCCAAAGAACUUUGAUUCAUAAGCCCUCCUCCUCCAUCCCUCUGCAUUUCCUACCUCUCCCCUCCAUUCUCUGUCACUCUGAUCUUGUAGUUCUUCACUCAGGUACAUUCCUGCCUCAGGGCCUUUGCACUUGCUAUUCUCUUUGAGCACUCUUCCAUAUGUUUGUGUGGCUUCUCAUUUUCAGAUCUUUACUCAAAAAAGACUUCCAUGAAGCUUUACCUGGUAGCUGUAGCUAAAAUCUUGCCGCUUCCUAAUAUACCACAUAGUUAUUACCUAGUCCCCUUUGCUAUAUCUCUUGCUAUGUACUAAAAAAACAUUUUUAUUGAGCUGUUACAUAAACUCACAUUUUAAACGUACAAUUCAGUGAGUCUAAUAAUUUUCCCAAAUGGUACAAUUUACUGUAAGUCAGUCUUAGAACAUUAUCCCCCCAGUGAGAUCUGUCCAUUUACAGUUAAUCUCUAUUCACUCAGUUCCCAGCAACCACUAAUCUAUCUCCAGUCCUUUUCUGAGCACUUCAUAUGAGUAUCAUAUGAUGUGUAUGUUGUGUCUGGCUUCUUUCACCUAGCAUUUUUGACGUUCACCCGUGAUGUCAGGCAUAUAUCAUGUAUUUUUACUGCUGAAUAGUAUUUCAUUGUAUCAAUAAUCACAUUUUGUCUACCCAUUCCCCAGCCAACUGAUGGACAUUUUAGUUUCAUUUUUUCUCACAUACCGUACAUUUUAUUUGUUCUCCCCACUAAAAUAUCAGUUCUAUGAGACUGGACUUUCUUAUUUUGUCCACCUCUGUAUCCCCAGCACUUGCAUUGUACAGGACACAUAGUAGAUACUCACCAUCUGUGCUGAAGGAACGAGAAUAAAGAUAACUACAGGUCAUGGUAAGCAAGGACUAUGCUGGCCAUCAGUCGGGAAAGGGAGGCAGCAGGCAAGCAGGUAGGCCUCUGGGAGGAAUGUACUUUGUAGCAGAAACUCCAGUGCACAAGGCUGAUUACUGAGAAUUCAUCAUCUCCUGGCCUCAGCUGCCUGCCCCUGCCUAGAUGCCAACCUUGCCUGUCCAAUCCUGCAGGUACAGGCAGUCCGGCUGCUAGCUGGGCUGGAGAGGGACCUGCAAGGGCUAACUCCACAGCAAUGGAAGCAGAUGGCUCAGGGUCCUCACCUUGCCCAGCUCUGUGGGGAGGGAAGACUGGGCUCCCUGGCUGCCCCUUACCCUGAGUUCUCCCCAGAGUGAGAUGGAGGGGCACUUCAGCCACACUACCUGGGCGUGAAUCCCAGUUCUGGCCUGUUCAUGUUAUAUUUGCCCCUCAACUUAAUGGUUUGAUCCCUCCGUUUUCUCAUUUGUAAAAUAUAGUACCAAUACCUACUUUUUAAAAAAGAGCCAAAACAUUAUAAGCACUCUGUGCCAGGCAUGGGUCUAGGAAACUAGUCCACUUGAUUCUUAACCCAUAUGGUAGCUGUCAAUUACAGAUGAGGACACAGAGGCACAGACCAUUAAGUGAUCCAGCUGGGCUUCAAAUUCCACAGACUCGAUCCAAGCACAUACUCUUCACCCUUUCAGACACUACUUACCAAGCCACAGAGGGGUUGGUUGUUAGAGUGAGUUAACAAACAUGAAACCCUUGGAACAGUGCCUGGCACACAGCAAGCACUCAACGACUGUUGUUAUCAUCAUGGUACAAGAGGUCAUGGGGAGGCACCCUCCCUCUCAUUUCUUCAAAAGCAGGCCUCUGACCCUUUGGGGGAAUCUGAUGGCAGUUCUAGUUCCCUCCCCAGAAAUCUGCAGCUGCCCACAGCCCCACACCCAGACCCUGCUCACUUGCAAAGGCUCACUGGGUGGGGGUGGGAUAUAGCAUAGCAGACUGUCCACCCUCCCCAUUUCCCACGGAGGAUGAGUUUGGCGGUGCUGGGGAGGGGCUCUGACUCAGGGCUAAGGACUCUGAACAAAGGUUGGGUGGGGCUCCCAGAAUUCCUUGGGCCGGCAGGUCCACUGAUCCUGUGUCCUCCCUGCACGGCCCUGGCCCUCCAGACCCACUUCUCACCACCAUGGAGUUCGACUUGGCAGCAGCCGUCGACUCCACCUCCAAGAAGCCCCAGGAGGCAGGCCAGGUGCGAGACCCCAAGCACAGCCCCCCCAAAGUUCCGGGCCAGUCAGAGUCAAGAGCAGCUAAUAACCUGAAGCAGGACCACGGCCGCUCCUCAGACUCCAGCAGCAGCAGCAGCUCCAGCGACUCGGACAAGGAGGAAAAGCACGGAAGCACACCGGGCAAGGUCAAGACGCCCAGGGUGAAAAAGGAGAAGAAGGAAGAGAAGAACAAGGAAAAGAAGGCAGGGAAGAAGGGGAAGCCCCACUGACGGGCCUGGGCGGGGCUCAUUAAACCUUCUCUCGGCUCU